UCAGAUAAACAAGUAGCCACAUUAGAUGAUGGAGACGACGUUGCGAGGGUUGUCGUGCGAGCUUCUCUCGUCUGGGUAGAGGGAGACACCUCCCACCUAAUAGAUACCUGCAGUAGAUAUCUUCCGAAUCGCCCGCCCUGAAAUCAGCCGCAACGAUUAAUACCGCCAGCCGGAUAAUAAUACGAUGCGCUCUCAGCGCCCUGGAAUCAGACGUUCCCCAAAAUCCUGGAGCCCUUUUCUGGCUGUCUAUUUAGCCAAAUAUCUUGGCGAGUGAAAUGACUACCCUCAUGGCUCUCCGCCGUGCCCGGAUCGCAAGUUCGCCGACGCGAUCGUGGAUACUGCUCCAGUCUUAUCAGGACGCGGCGUGGUGAUAGAAAUGAACCCCGUCUUUCGACAAGGACCAAUGCUGGCACUUAAGAAUGGCCACGUUAGGAGUAUUUAGUACGGCUGACGUCGUCUCGCCUCUAAGACAGUUUGUGAUAACCAUCGACGCCAUACGCGGGCAAGUCACUGGAAGUAGAGCCCAGCAUGGCUGGCCAACUCUUCUCGUUCGGGCUCCUCGCCAUCUUAGGGGCCGUAGUGCAGGCGGCCACUACUUAUGACUACAUCGUCGUCGGAUCCGGGCCCGGCGGCGCGGCGCUGUCGUCCAAUCUUGCGCGAGCAGGAUACCCGACGUUGCUCUUGGAAGCAGGCGAUGACCUAGGCAACAAUAAGAAUUACUCCGAGAUGGCCAAUUUCAACCUCGCGGCUAACGACGAAAAGUCGCGAUGGGAUUUCUUCGUUGAGCACUCCGACGACCAGGAGCGCGAGGCCAAAUACGAAAAGACGACUUGGCGUCAGCCUGACGGUUCCUUCUACGUCGGCCUGGGCCCUCCAGAGGGCUCGGAACGGCUGGGCAUAUACUAUCCUCGCUCUGCCACCCUCGGGGGUUGCGCGAUGCACAAUGGUGGUGUAUGUGCCUUACCCUCCGACGACGACUGGAACGCGAUCGCCGAAAGCACGGGAGAUGAGAGCUGGUUGGCUGAGAACAUGCGGAAAUACUUUGAGAGGAUUGAGACGGCUCACUAUGUGCCGGCUGGCACCCCCGGGCAUGGCUUCAGUGGUUACCUCAACUUGACGAUCAGUGAUCCGUCUUUCAUGCAAUCGCCAUCCGAUGUGCAGAGAAUUGCGAGCGAGAUCAUCAAGCAGACCGGGGGCAGCGAGACCCAGGACAUCAACGCGCUCGAUCCGGACCGGGACCAGGCUACGGGUGUCUUUGGCCUCGCAAGCCACGCCGAUCCCAACGGGCACCGUGCCGGAUCUAACACGUAUCUCAGGGCAACUCUAGACGACCUAGCCAAGUACCCCUUGACGGUCCAGCUCCAGAGUCUCGUCACUAAGGUGCUAUUCUCCGAAGAUGCGACCGAGCCCACCGCGAUCGGUGUCGAGGUACUUCGCGGCCCUUCACUAUACAAAGCCGAUCCGCGCUACAAUGGCACCAAAGGGGAAACGGUCCGGAUAUUUGCCAAUAAGGAGGUCAUCGUCGCCGGCGGGGCCUUCAACUCGCCCCAAAUCCUCAAGCUCAGCGGGAUUGGCCCAGCCGAAGAGCUGAAGAAGUUCGGCAUACCGGUCGUUAAGGAUCUUCCCGGCGUGGGAGAGAGACUGGGGGACAACUACGAGGGAGGCGUGCUCGCGCUCGCUAGCCGAGAGCUGAACGGAACGUUAGCCGGUCCCAUCGCCGUGAUGCUCAAGACGCCAACGGCUCGCAAGAACCGCAACAUCUACGGCUGGUGCAAGUCGUUCUCCUUCGAAGGGUUCUGGCCCGGCUUCCCGACCGACUACGGCCCGUCGCAGUACGAAUGCGCCUUCGUUCACAUGAACCCGCGAUCCCAGGCGGGUUACGUGCGUCUGCGCUCGAACGACCCGCAGGAUAUGCCCAGAAUCAACUUCAAUUUCUUCCAGGACGGCGAGGACGAGGAUCUGACGGAAAUGCUAGACGCGGCCAAGAUCUUCCGGAAGGCCAUCACCAGCGUCGGCUCGCCGAUCGGCCCCUUCAACGAGAAGCAUCCCUGCCCUGGAAUCAACCAGAACUGCACAGACGCAGCGCAGAAGGAGUACCUGAAGCUGCAGGCCUACUCCCACCACGCCUCGAGCACAUGCGGGAUCGGACCUGCGGAGGACGAGCUGGCCGUCCUGGACUCGAAAUUCAGGGUUCACGGCGUCAAGAACUUGCGGGUUGUCGACGCGUCAUCCUUCCCCGCCGUGCUUGGCGCAUUUCCGGUUUGUCCCGUUUUCAUGCUGGCGGAGAAGGCGACAGAUGAUAUCCUGAAGGAUGCCCGGGCGGCCCCUUCUUCUGCAUAGAUAGGGACUGUAUCAGCGUAGGGUAGAGCAGAGAGGAUGGGAAGACGUGGAUAGAUAUGAUAGAAGCGAGGACUCCGGGAAUCAACGAAUGGCUGUCUCCGUCGUAUG